CCGUCGGGGGCAGUAAUGAGCGCUCAAUGCCUUUAGUACAGUGACAAGAAGAAGACGAAUGUCCUCUGUAGAGAUUGCAAACAUGGGCUCGAGGGUAACACGCCUGAUCCGAAACUUUAAUGUAGAGAAUCGCGCUCAUCGAGAAAUAAGCAAGACAAAACCUAAAACUGCACCACGACAUCCAUCAUCGAGCGGGUUUCCACAAGAAGACAUCGCGGCCACCAGCAUUUCAGAAGAGGUUCAACAGAGGAACGAUCCACUGCUGUCAAUGCUCAAGGACGUUUAUGUGGAGUCUAAAGAUCCUGUUUCUCAGGCUGAAGCAGUUCCUGUAGUUAAGAAGGUCGAGCAGAAGAUGCAACGCAGGGCGCUAAAGUACAGUAUACCGGGCGACCCCUAUGGGUUCUGUGAUGUCACUGAUGUUCCGAAAGGCAGACUGUCGCUUGUGGAAGCUUUAACUGCCCUGAACAAUCACAAACGCCUGCCUAAAACAUGGACUCCAGAGAAGCUGGCACAGGAGUACUCUCUGGACCCAAAAGAUGCCAAAGCGCUGACAGAUUUCUUUUUUCCUUUUGAUGUCAAAAUCAUUCCACCAAAAACAGAGGAGACUAAGCAGAUUAAGGAUUCUUAGCAGAUAUGAACAGACUCGAGCCGUCUCUGAAACACGCACAGUAUCUGAAUACAAGUGUUUUGACAUGUCGAUUGUAGUGUUUGUAUUAUUUGUUUUUGAAGGGCCUGUCAUAACUAUUUAUUAAUUUGUCGUCUCAUUUAAAGCAUGGCAUAUCCAAACAUUUAUUUUAGUAAUAAGAUAACCAAGAGAAGAUAAUAUAAACAUUACUGGACUAGAAAGGAAGUCUUGUCAAAUCAGAUCCGUUUCUAGUGUAAAACAUCAGUACAGCUUAUAAUUCUCAGUUAAUAUGUUGACUCAGAAAUGCUGCAUUAUAUUUGUGUGAACACUGCAGCUUCAAUCAAUGCAUCUGUUUUCACUGACAAUAAAUCCCUGCAUUUUGAUCCAGUGUACCGAAUAUGACAUUGUUUUACAAGGUGAACCAUUCUCUGCCAUUUUA